AUGGGUAAGACUGACACCAUUCAUGCGCCACAAGCGGACCACUAUGCCAAAGCCGAGGCCCUGGCGAUGCAAGCAGGGACAGUGGCAGCUCCUCCUCCUGACCGCAGCCCUGUUGAGGAGGUGCUUGGUGGCCCCUUGAUGCUUAAUGGAGUGUCUGCCAGUGAGUAUCCAGGCGUAAAAGUCCUUGCUGACGGUACCGCAGAACCUGACCAUGGACAAUACCCAGCGUCUGAAGUUCCUCCUGCGGCUUCUCCUUCCCCUUCGUCAGGUUGUACUGAAGGAGGAUGCAGUAGUGGCGGUGACUGUGGUUUAGUGGCCUUCUCAGUGGCACGUGCUAAGUACAAGCAUAGGAAGGCAGGCACCACAGGGACACAGGUACUUUUUGAUAAGGUGUUGGCGAGUGUCGGGCCGGGAUUCAACCACACGGGGGGGUAUCUGCGGUGUGAAUGUCCCGGCUACUACCACUUCUCCUUCCACGGUGUGUCUCCGCUCCAGGGCAGGGCCAGGCUGGACUUGAUGAGGAACAGGCAGAGGGUGGCGUCGACGGAGGCUCAGUAUUAUGGGUUCGGCUCAGGCUCCAACACGGCCAUCAUUCACCUGCAGAAGGGAGACAUCGUGUACGUGUACCUGGCCCAGGGCUUCCUGUACGAGAAUGACGCCAGGUUCAGGGGCUACGCAUCUUUCAGUGGGUUUAGGCUCCAGGGCUGA